GCAGCAACAAGUGCCCCGACAGCAGCAGCAGCAGCAACAGUUGUUGAAGCGCAACAAGUGCCACGCGUAGACCGAGACCGAGAAAGGGAGAGAGGAAAAGAGUGAGAGAGCGAAGGGAGCUGAGAAAAAUUGCCAGAGCUAAAAGCCCGCCACGUCUCUUCAAUUAGCUCUGCUGCAGUUUUAUUUAAAUAUAAAUUCGCAUUAAGGCAUCCGCAAAUUGAUCAAAUUAAACAACGAAAUAAAUUCAUUAAACGCAAUUCAAUUGGCAGCCGCAACAGCUGAGCGAAAGAAAGCAAGGAAACGUGUAAAAAGUAAAAGGCGACAAGGAAAAAGGGAAAACCACAAUACGUGCAAAUGCUGUUCAAAGGCGUACAACUGCUGCGCGGCGGAUUGGCCUCUCCGCCCAAGUGCUACAAUUUUCGGCUCGUCUGCCGUUCGCUGUCCGUGCAAUAUGGCGACGUGAAGACACUGACGCCCGCUGUCCGGGAGUAUGUGGACAAGUGUGUGAAUCUGUGCCAACCGGACCGGGUGCACAUCUGCGAUGGCAGCGCCGCGGAGAGCAAGCUGCUGCAAGGCUUGAUGCUGAAGCAGGGCACAAUCCUGCCACUGCCCAAGUACACGAACUGCUGGCUGGCACGCACCAACCCAGCCGAUGUGGCUCGCGUGGAAUCCAAGACGUUCAUCAGCACGGAACGCAAGGAGGAGACGGUGCCAGUUACGCCAAACGCCACGCCCGGAACCCUUGGCAAUUGGAUCUCUGAUGCGGAUCUGAAGGCCGCCAUUGCCGAGCGUUUCCCUGGCAGCAUGAAAGGUCGUACCAUGUACGUCAUACCCUUUAGCAUGGGGCCCGUGGGCUCGCCUCUCUCCAAAAUAGGCAUUGAGAUCACCGACUCUCCCUACGUGGUAGAGUCCAUGAAGAUUAUGACGCGUGCAGGCGCUCCAGUGCUGGACGUGCUGCAGCAGGGCGACGGCCAGUUCGUCAAGUGCCUACACUCAGUUGGCACUCCAGCCAGUGGCGUGCAGGCUCAGGCCUCGUGGCCAUGUGAUCCAGAACGCACCAUAAUCCUCCAUAAGCCAGCCGAGAACGAGAUCGUUUCCUAUGGCUCCGGCUAUGGAGGCAACUCGCUGCUGGGCAAGAAGUGCUUUGCUCUGCGCAUCGGCAGCACCAUUGCCAAGCGCGAGGGCUGGCUGGCCGAGCAUAUGUUGAUUCUGGGCAUCACCAAUCCGCAGGGCAAAAAGAUCUACGUGGCAGCCGCUUUCCCUUCGGCUUGCGGCAAGACCAAUCUGGCCAUGAUGACGCCCACUCUGCCGGGCUACAAGGUGGAGUGCGUGGGCGACGACAUCGCCUGGAUGAAGUUCGACUCGCAGGGUGUGCUGCGAGCCAUCAAUCCCGAGAACGGCUUCUUCGGCGUGGCCCCUGGCACCUCGCGUGCCACCAAUCCCAUUGCCAUGGACACCAUCUUCCGCAACACGGUAUUCACCAACGUGGCCUCCACGUCGGAUGGCGGCGUCUACUGGGAGGGCAUGGACGCCUCUCAGUUGGGCAAUGUCACGGUCACCGACUGGCUGGGCAAACUCUGGUCGGCGGAGUCGGGCAAGCCGGCUGCGCAUCCCAACUCUCGCUUCUGCACGCCUGCUGCUCAGUGCCCAAUCAUUGAUCCCGCCUGGGAGGACAGCGCAGGAGUUCCCAUAUCAGCGAUUCUGUUCGGCGGUCGCCGACCCGCUGGCGUUCCCUUGGUCUACGAGGCGCGCGACUGGGCACAUGGCGUCUUUAUAGGGGCUGCCAUGCGCAGCGAGGCAACUGCUGCCGCCGAGCACAAGGCCAAGGUGAUCAUGCACGAUCCCUUCGCGAUGCGUCCUUUCUUUGGCUACAAUUUCGGCAACUAUCUCGCCCACUGGUUGAGCAUGGAGCAGCGCGGAAAGGUGCCCAAGAUCUUCCACGUGAACUGGUUCCGCAAGAGCGAUGAGGGAAAAUUCUUGUGGCCAGGAUUUGGUGAUAAUUCCCGAGUGCUGGACUGGAUCUUCCGACGUGUGGAAGGCGAGAAAUGCUACGAGGAGUCGCCAAUCGGGCUGCUCCCUAGUCAGGGUGCACUGAAUGUUGAGGGCGUGGAGGGCAAUGUGGAUCUCAAGCAGUUGUUCGAUCUGCCCAAAGACUUUUGGCAGCAGGAGGCCAGAGAGAUCGAGCAGUACUUCCAGGACCAAGUGGGUGACUAUUUGCCACGCCCCGUCGCAGACCAGCUGACAGAACUGAAGAAGCGUGUGGCCAACAUGUGAUGUGGAUAAUCGCUCCAUUCUGUGCGGUUUCAUAGGUUAUUCCUAAUCUUAGUUUAAUAAACUCUCAUAAAAACCAGCAAAAAA